CGGGGCGAGCGGCGGCCCGGCCCGGGCGAGGGCAGCGCGCGGUCGGGGCCGGUGGGCGAGGGGCAGCCUCCGGUCGGAAAUCUGGCCGGGCGGCUGCGGCAGGGACCCGGGCGGCUGCGGCAGGGACCCGGGCGGCACGGCGUCUCCGGGGCAGCGCUUUCAAAAUACGCGUGAUUUAUUUCCUGUCCUCCCGUCAAAAGGAAACCGGUGUUGUGCUCUUGCAGCGUUAUUGGACAAAAACAACCCCGACCGAUUCGCACGGUCCCUGCGGAAAAAAAACAGGCUAAAUUCGCACAGGGGAAUUAACAGGAAAGGCAGUUGUCUUGCUGCUUCGUUUUUCUCUCUCCCUAUUUUCUUAUUUCUACUUCUUCACUUGUUUGGAAAAGGCAUUGUGUUUGAAGUUGAUGGGGGAGGAUCAGAGAACUUAAAAAAAAUACUUUGGGUCCUCUCACACUUUGAAAAUGUAGUAGUAAGGUAACUUCAUCAGCUGGUAUAUGAUAAAGCACUAGUCUAGGAGGUGUGUGUACAAGCAGAUUUGAAAAAUGUGCCAUUAGGCACUUACAGGAGUGCUGAGGAGUCCGGCCUUCCCCUGGAAAUGGAGAGUGAGGCCACCAACCUCACUGUAAGUCGGAAUAUGUAGAGUUAAAUCAAGUCACAUUACUGUUAGCCCUCUUUGGACAGAGUACAGUGUUGAUGUUUGGAUAGCAACACAAAUUUCAUGAUGAAGAAAUAGUAUCUUUGAUUUGAGAGAGCUUUGCUUUUAAAAAUCAGGCACCACAUAUCAAAACAUCCAGCUACCUUCCAAAACCCCAGUAAGCCAAGACCUGCAAGACAAGACCGAGUAAGAUCUGUCUCUCACUUCUUCCUAGGAGGUUACACAAAUUGUGCUGGACAGUUACGUAGAGAAGAUGUGGGGUAAUCUUGGAGUUUAUUAGACUUUCUGCUGGUGAGGACAGGCUAGAGAUCUGGAUAGAGGUCCUUCUAGCUUUUUUUUUUUUUAAUACACAACUCAAAGAUAGGAAAAUGUCAAAAUCUGACCUAGUGCAGUACAGCUAACAUUCAGUUUGUAGGUAGGCCUGGUUUCACUGCAGAUUAAUUUGUCAGUAACAUAGAAGGGUUUUUCAGCGCACAAAGACACUGACAAAAUACACUAAGAAAUUGCUUCGCUUAGGGUUUGUUAUUUUUUAAUCAUGAUCUCCAGUUGAAUACUUCCCAUUCUGGCUUGUGUGUGUCACAGCAUACUCUUAGAUUUUGCCAAACCACAGUUAUUUGCAAUAUUCCAUUACUCUAGCAUUUUCUUAGCAAGGGGAAGGUUCACAGAUCUCUUUCAGUUCUGCACAUCUGCUGACCUUUCACUUCACAAGAUCCUGGAGGGCUGAAGCUUUUGGUGACUUGACGGCAAGUGCAGACAUACGCCCCAGAGUCAGAUCUGUGGGAACAUUUAAGUAAAGCAGAUCUGACCAUGCAGUGUUUCAGUCAAUAAAAGCAAUGUAUUUUCUUCUUUUGAAAGUAUGGAGAAAAGCCUGAACUGUUGUUUUAAAUACACCCUUUCUUCUGUUCUUGCUGCCUGGAGAGCUUUGCUCUGCCACAGUCCUGCUCUGUAAUCCAUGCACAAACUCCUCUUUGUGGAACAUGGCCUUAGGUGGUAGAUUUUUAUUUUGGCGGUGAAGACAGCAAUUUUACUACAUUUAGUAAUAAUAAAAUUUCUCAAUAUUACUGGAAAAAUAAUUACCAAACUGCAGUAAUACUGGUGCAAUGUUCAGUGCUCUGUUGUCUCUGUAAUUUCUACUGACUUUAUUUUAAAACUUUUGAAGAUAAGUGCAAUCAAAUAAGUUUGAGUAACUGAGGCUGUGGGGUUGGGGGGUUGUUGAUAUUAGAACCAGAAUAUUUGGGGGUUUAUCCUCUCUUAAGGAGAACGAGAUACUUUUUUUUUUUUUCUCCUAGUGCCAAGUGAUUGGUUUUUAGUCAUAUGGUUAGUUUUCAUCAAACACAUUAAAAUAACUUGUGUGCAUUUUCUGAAUAUAGGAAUCAAUAACUGAGGAGGAAGAGUAAGAGGAGCUUAUCCUAUUUUUAUAAUUAUUUAAUAUUCUGUAAUAAUUUUUCACUAUUUUUAAGUCAAUAUUCCAGCAGAACAGAAUGCCAUAAUUCUGCUCCCAACUACCCCAAAUAAAGUUGUUUAUUAUCCAAACAGUCCUUCUCUGAUGACUGAAGUAACAGAAUCACUGUCAAUAGAAAUGAUUUGUGCUUGGAUACAACCACAAAGCAGAAAUGGAAACAAUGAGUAUCAGGCUGACUAAACUCCAUGAAUGUUUGAACAUGUAGGAACUGGAGUGUAAUCAUGGCAACACUGAUGUCUCUUUUUUCUCUUCUAUUUUAUGCCCACUGGCUCCCACUCCAGUGCUUCGUCCUUGCACAACUUUGUGACUGCAAUGGAGAUAGUGGAAUUGAAGCAUGCAGGUUAUUAUAGUCCAGUGGCUGUAACAUCAGUCCAUCAGUCUUUGCAGUAAACUGGAAUUUCCUUGCUGCUUACGGAGUUAUCCACUGUGCCAUAAAGACAUAAAGGAGCAGAAUCAUAUUAAAGCAGGAAAGAAGAAAGCAAAAGGAAUUCUUUGAGAAGAAGAAACUUAAAUCAAAGAUGAAGCUUGUGGGAGUAUCAUCUCCUAAAAGUUCAGCAGUCAGUUUAGAUCUCCUCAAUCUAUAUGUUGUUAACCAGAUAUCAACCAAAAAAGACAACACCGAGAACAUGAGGAAGCCAGUCCACAUUGAUAUCACUGAAGAUGUAAAAAUACCUGUUAGGAGGCACAACAUUGAGCUUCCUGUGUCACCACUACGUACACAACAUAGGUCAAACUUAGAUGACAUCCAGAACAGGUUACAAAAGCAAGUAUUGGACAGCAGAAGGCAGCAUCUCUCGGAGAAAGUAAAAUACCAGCAUAAUUUAUCACAUGUAACAGAAUUAAUGUAUGCUGACUCUAGUAUGGAACAUGAAGACAACAUAGCAAGAGCUUUUAGUGCCUGUCCUUUGUCUUCUUCUGUUUUUUGGUCCUCUAACUGUACACAAUUUUCGGAAGAAAAUUUCAACACAAACCUAAUGGGCAACACUUGGGAACAGACCUAUGAAGAGAAGCUGCAAAACCAGCCAGAAAAUAGUUCUGAUCAAGACCCUUGGAUUACAAAACCUCCAAGCCAGUGUAUUUUCAGGAAGUCUGGUACAGUGCCUCAGGAACUUUGUAAGCCAUUGCGUAGGCUAGACUAUAUGAAUUCUGCCAGGAAAUAUCCAGUGAUAAUGACCAGUAAGGAAUCAGAAAACAGUGAAGGAAUGAAAGAACCAUUGUUUGAUGUUGUGAAAGAAACUGCAGAACUGAAAUCUCCCAAAGAUGGACGUGAUUUUUCCUUUCUGGCACUGUUUGAAUAUGAGAGCCAACUAACCCAUAAUAAUCCUUCCACAAAGCAUUUUAAUCCUGUUGUUAACCAAAGCAGUACUGCCAUUUUUUUCAUUGAUCCUGAUGAUAGAAAUCAAAUGACCAACAGAAAUUAUCCUUAUUAUAGUAGAGAGGAUUAUUCUGCAAUGAAUGCAAAAAAAAGUUCUGUAGAUAGACACCUUGAAGGCAUUUUCACGGCUCCAGAACAGGUUUUACUUAAAAGUAACAAUGCCUCAAGUGCAAGCUACAAGAAAACCAGUGAACUUCAUAAAACCCACCUGCAGGACUGUCAUGAGGGGCAGCACUACUUCAUACCUUCUGAAAAGAAAGAAGAAACAGCAAACCUUGAAAAAAUCGAGACAUUUGUUUAUCACCAUGAUCAGCAGAUUAAUUUAAAGGAGAAUGUGCAGAACUAUUCAAGAAAAAAAAGUGAUGAGGAGUCUGCACAAGAAUCAGCCUGGAGACAGAACCAGCUCUUUGGAUUUGAAGAGUUCACAACAGCACAAGAGAAAGAGUAUAAGUUUGGAGUGAAUUCCAAUCUUCACGAGAUGGAGAAGGCUCCUUUUUCAGAUGUGGAGUCCUCACUCAGCAGUCAGUCCCCCUCCUACUCUCCAAGGCAGACAGAGAGCUGUUUCAGCUCUAGUCCUGACACAUCUGAAGAAGAAGACACAGUCAAAAAGGAGGAAUAUCUGAAUGAACAGUCCUUGAAGAUCAACGACGCCAGCCUGGUCUCGGCCUCCGCAAGCACAGAGUCCCCCAGGACCUCUCACACCAGAACCAUGCCUCUCCAGCCCAGCAGUAUUUUGACUAGAGACGAAGCAAACCAUCUUCGGGAGAAAGACUCUAUUUUAUGUGCCACAGAGGAGGAAAAUAAAAACCGCACCGCCCCAUCUGAGGGCAGCUCAUUACACCCAGCCCUUGAAAGACAGCGUGUCACUCUCAGUGCCAGGUGUGAAGUUUGGUCGCAGACCGAGAGCUCUGUAACAGAAGUAGAGAAAGUGGAUGUUGCCACCCAGUGUGGCUCCAUGCAGGUGUGCAGCUGUGGGAGCUCCCUCCCCUCUGCCCGCAGCCCAGGGGGGGUCCCUCCGCCCAGCACCGCAGGCACCGCUGGAGGGCACAAAAUGCCAGCACAUGAGGUGCUGCAGCCUGCGGGCACGGGCAGCGCAGCAGGAAUAGCGGCGUUUUCUUCUGAAGCCGAGUAUCUGAGUUUGGCUGGCAGAAGGACUCUAGAGGUGCUGAACUACGUUGAUAUAAUGAAGGAGGGAGAUAAGCAGUGA